AUGGUAGACUUCUUAGUAAUCAAAGUGCCUGCUGCAUACAACGUAAUAGUGGGCCGGCCAUUCAUCCACGAUGCACAAGCAGUGGUAUCAACAUACCAUCUAACUAUGAUAUACAUGUCUAACUUUGAGAAGGCUGAAAGAAUCCGAGGCAGUCAAGAUUCAGCAAGAUCAUGCUACUUGACGGCAUUAAAAACACCAGGCCGACUGACCCCAUCUAGGAAUAUAGCGAGAGAGGCAGCAAUGAAAAGACCGGCAAAGGGUCAAGCCCCAAGAUUGGGGGGCGAGUCAUCUCUUUUGCCCAAGAAGGAGAAAAGGCAGAAAAGGGAGUCACCCACAAUCGAAAGCAUCGAAAAGGGGACUUCUCUACCUAGGGUAGAGGCCGGAGGAAGGUCAGAAGAAGUCGAGCUGGUAGAAGGAGAAACUGGCAGAACAGUAAAAUUAGGAACCGACAUUGACCCCCAGUUGCGGGUAAACAUGAUCGGUCUGUUGAGAGAACAUGCGGAUGUGUUCGCAUUUUCCGCAGACGAAAUGCCCGGUAUAAGCUCGGAGGUAAUCGAGCACCGACUGAAUGUCGACAGAGCAGUCAGGCCGGUAAAGCAAAAGAAAAGAAACUUCUCAACAGAAAAAAAUCAAGCAAUACAGGAAGAGGUAGAAAAGUUGUUGGCAGCAGGAUUUAUUGAACCAUGCGACUACCCAGAGUGGUUGGCCAACGUCGUAAUGGUUAAGAAGUCAAACGGCUCGUGGAGAAUGUGCGUAGAUUUCACAAACCUUAAUAGAGCAUGCCCAAAAGACUGCUACCCACUGCCAAGAAUCGACAGGCUAGUCGACUCCACAUCUGGCCACGCGCUGCUCAGUUUCCUUGACGCAUUCUCCGGGUACCACCAAGUCAGCCUCGCAAAGGCCGACAGGAAAAAAGCAGCAUUCAUCACUGAGGGGGGAGUAUUCUGUUACAAGGCUAUGCCGUUUGGGUUAAAGAACGCUGGGGCAACGUACCAAAAACUGGUCGACAGAGUGUUCGCAAACCAAAAAGGCCGCAACAUUGAAGUAUACGUCGACGACUCCAUAGUGAAAAGCAAAUUGGAGACCGAUCAUUUAGAUGACCUCAGGGAAACGUUUGAAACUCUGCGCCGUUACCAAAUGAAACUAAACCCCAAGAAAUGUGUGUUCGGAGUGAAAUUGGGGAAAUUCUUGGGUUUCCUUGUCAGCGAGAGAGGCAUAGACGCAAACCCAGAUAAGGUAGAAGCGAUACUCAGUCUGCCUCAACCAAAAAGCAUCAAAGAUGUACAAAGGCUGACAGGAAGAAUGGCGGCUCUGACAAGAUUUGUUAGCAAAUCAGCCGACAGGUCGAUUCCAUUUUUUAACACUCUUAAGCAGAACGGAAAAUUCCGGUGGGGGGAAACCGAGGAAAGGGCCUUCGAGAAGGUAAAAGAACAUCUUCGUGCUUUACCGACGAUAGCCAGGCCGGAAGAGGGCGACAAGCUACAAUUAUAUGUGUCCGCUUCAGCCCAAACCGUUGCUGCCGUACUAAUCAGUGAAAAAGACAAAAUCCAGCAGCCGAUAUACUUUGUCAGCCACAUUUUGAAUCCGGCAGAAGCAAGAUACUCGCUGAUAGAGAAAGUGGCCUAUGCAGUCCUGAUAGCCGCCAGAAAGCUCAGACCAUAUUUUGACGCACAUACCAUACAAAUUCUGACGAACUUUCCACUAGAGAAGGCUUUGCAAAAAAUGGAUACAGCCGGCAGACUGUUGCGAUGGGCAAUAGAGCUGUCGGAGUACGAUCUUGAGUUUCACCCGCGCAAUGCAAUAAAAGCACAAGCUUUGGCUGACUUCGUAGUUGAAGCAUCCUAUCAAGAAGAGGAAACCAAAGCAGAAUCCUGGAAAGUAUCAGUAGACGGUUCAGCCGCUCAGUCGGGAGCGGGAGCCGGCGUUGUCAUGAUCUCUCCGACAGGAGAUAAGUUCGAAUACGCAAUCAGAUUCACUUUCGCAGCUUCGAACAACGAAGCAGAAUAUGAAGCAGCCAUUGCAGGGGUACAGCUAUGCUUGUUGGCAGAUGCCAAGAGGAUAGUAAUGACAACGGAUUCUCAGUUGGUGGCAAAUCAGUUUUCGGGAGAGUAUGAAACAAAAGAGCCGUCAAUGCGGCGGUAUCAAGAAAAACUGAAGACGCUGACAGCGAAGUUAGAAGCUUUUGACAUCGAAUUGGUCCCCAGAGCGUUGAACACUGCCGCAGACAGCCUAGCAAAACUGGCCAGUUCGAAAACAAUCGAGCUCAGUCGAUCAGUAAUGAUAGAAAUCAUGCACAGAAGGAGCACGGAGGAAAAAGGAAAGGAAAUAAUGGUCAUCACGGCAAACAAAGAGUGGUACGAUGAUAUCUGGGCGUACAAGACGACUGGAGUUCUCCCGGCCGAUAUCAGGGAGGCAAAGAAAAUCAAAAAAGACAUCUGCUGGUACGUCAUAUAUCAGGGGCAAAUCUAUAAAAGAGCCUUCAGCCUCCCCCUGCUGCGGUGUUUGACGGCAUACGAAUCCGCAAGGUUAAUCGAAGAAAUGCAUGAAGGAAUAUGCGGAAACCAUGUAGGAGGAAAAACACUUGCUUUGAUCUGCCAAAGACAAGGUUACUACUGGCCAACCAUGCUGGAGGACGCACAGAGCUACGUCAAGAAAUGCGAAAAAUGCCAGCUAUUUGCCCCAGUAAUACGUAUGCCAGCAAACGACUUGAUGCCCAUUUUGAAUCCAAUCCCAUUCGCCCAGUGGGGAAUGGAUAUCGUGGGACCCUUCACAACAGCCUCAGGAGGCAGGAAGUUCUUGAUUGUUGCCGUCGAUUACUUCACAAAAUGGAUUGAGGCCGAGCCGGUAGCAAAAAUAACAGCCAACCAGGUACGGAAGUUCAUCUGGAAAAACAUCAUAACAAGAUUUGGAAUACCGACAGCAAUAGUAUUCGACCACGGAUGCCAGUUCGACUGCGAACCUAUACGAGCAUUCUUGGCAGACUACCGGAUCAAAUUCGCAUAUGCCUCAGUCUGCCACCCGCAGAGCAACGGGCAAGCCGAGGCUGCAAACAAACAAAUACUCGUAGCCCUUAAGAAAAAGUUGGAUGAGUUCAAGGGCAAGUGGGCAGACACAGUCCCAGAGGUUCUAUGGGGUAACAGAACGACGGUUAAAGAAGCAACAGGAGAGAGUCCUUUCAAACUGUGUUUCGGAUCAGAAGCAGUCAUACCGGCUGAAGUAGCACUGCCCACCUUUCGCAUCCAGCAUUAUGAAGAACAGGGAAACGACAGCUUACUCAGACACCAGCUUGAUUUCCUACCAGAGGUCAGACUGCAGGCGGAAAUUAGGUCGGCCGCAUACAAAAACAGAAUGAGCAGGGCCUACAACAAGCGAGUAAAACAUAGGAAGCUGGAGGUAGGCGACCUUGUACUCCGCCGGACGGCAGCAACCGGCAAAGCUCAAAAACAAGGAAAACUGACUGCAAAUUGGGAAGGGCCCUACCAGAUAUGGGAAGAAGUGGUAGCUGGAUCAUACAGACUAAUGGAGAUGAAUGGAACACCGCUGAAGAACUCAUGGAACGCAGAUACUUUAAGAAAAUUCCAUGCGUGA